CGGACACAUCCCGCUGAGGGACCAUCCCGUGGUACCGGCAGAACCCGGGCGUGUGAGGGGCGCGGGCCAUGGACGACCACAGUUUGGACGACUUCCGCCGGCGCUGGCAGGAGGAGCUGGCACAGUCCCAGGCCCUGAGGAAGCGGCGGCGGCCGCGGCGGCCCGAGGGGACCCCUGAGCACGGGGAGCAGGCCUCGGGGUACCUGGCGCUGGCUCAGGGCCUUCUGGAGGGCGCGGGGCGGCCUCCGGCAGCACGGACCACCCGGGCCGAGAAGCAGGACUCGGCGAGCCGUUCCCGCUCCCCUUCAACCCAUGAGGGCGCCGGGGGAGGGGAGCAGCUGGUGGACCAGCUCAUCCGCGAUCUGAAUGAAAUGGAUGACGUGCCAUUCUUUGAUAUCCAGCUGCCGUAUGAAUUGGCAAUCAGUAUAUUUCAGUACCUGGACAGGAAAGACCUGGGGAGAUGUGCUCAGGUGAGCAAGACGUGGAAGGCGAUUGCCGAAGACGAGGUGCUGUGGUACCGGCUGUGCCAGCAGGACGGACACCUUCCCGACAGCAGCAUCUCUGAUUAUUCUCGCUGGAAGCUCAUCUUCCAAGAGUGCCGAGCCAAGGAACACAUGUUAAGAACCAACUGGAAGACUCGCAAGGGUGCCGUGAGUGAGCUGGAGCACGUUGCUGACGCGGUUUUAUGUGACGUGCACUCGCACGAUGGCGUUGUCAUUGCUGGAUACACAUCAGGGGACGUGAGGGUGUGGGACACCCGCACCUGGGACUACAUGGCCCCCUUCCUGGGCUCGGAGUCUGAGGAGGAUGAGCCUGGAACACAGCCAUAUGUCUCCUUUGUGAGGAUAAACAACUCGCUGGCGGUGGCGGCUUAUGAGGAUGGAUUUCUUAACAUCUGGGGCCUGCGGACUGGAAAGCACCCUAUUCACCGCUUCAAGCACGAUGCGAGAAUACAGGCGCUUGCCCUCGGCCGGGAGGACGUAACUGUUGCCACCGCCUCUGCUUUCGACGUUGUCAUGUUGCGCCCCAAUGAGGAGGGCUGUUGGCAAGUGGCUGCAGAAUUUGAAGUUCAGAAACUGGUUGACUACCUAGAACUGGUUCCAGACACCGAAAGGCACCCAGUGGCAGUAGCCGCUGCUGGAGACCUGGUGUACCUGCUGAGGGCCGACGACUCGGCCAGAACCCUGCACUGCGUCUGCAGCCAGCCUGCCAGCUGUCUCGACGUCUCGGCCACCCAGGCUGCUUUUGGAGUGAAGAGUCUGGGAUGGGUGCAUGAAGGAAACAAGAUCCUGGUCUACAGCCUGGAAGCGGAACGCUGCCUCUCGAAGCUGGGCAACGCGCUGGGCGACUUCACGUGCGUCAACCUCAGGGACAGCCCUCCCAGUCUCCUGGUCAGUGGCAACAGGGACAGGAGGGUGAGGAUCCACGACCUCCGCACCAACAAAACCGCCUUGUCGCUGUCUGCCCACCAACUUGGAGUCUCUGCAGUCCAGAUGGAUGACUGGAAAGUCGUCAGCGGAGGCGAGGAGGGCCUGGUCUCCGUGUGGGAUUACCGGAUGAACCAGAAGCUGUGGGAGGUGCACUCCAGGCACCCCGUCCGUCACAUCGCCUUCAACAGCCACAGCCUCAUCACAGCCAACGUGCCCGACGAGAGGGUGGUGCGCAGCGCCGACCUGGACAACUUCACCACGCACAGGAGACACCAGGGGCUGGUCCAUGCCUACCAGUUCUCGGUGGACCAGCUGGCCUUGCAGAGCUCGCUGCCCCUCUGCCGUCCAUCCUGCGACACCACAGUGGGCUGUGGCUACGACCUCACGCUGGCCUUUCCCUGCGAGUAGGGAAGAAGGGAGGAGAACCGCGUUCAUGAAUGUGAAGACAACCAAGGAGUUCUGCGUGGGCUCCAAAGGUUUGGGGAAGCCCGCCACCCCAGGGUGCACUUGUGUGGCACCCACGGUCCUGAACUGCUCUCGCUUUCCCCCUCUAUCUUCCUCCAGCGGCUGCAGCGGGCUCAAGGGUGUCGGGCAUAUUCCAGCUUCCUGUUUCUUGUGGCUUUGAGAACCAUACCCCCCCUUCUGCUCAGCCCCAGCCAGCCUCCCGUGGGCCUCCCACACAGCCGUGCCGCCGCAGGGCCAGGCCUGGCUUUCUCACUGUGCACAUGGCCCUGCUCCUGCCCACCUUUCCUUCCACCCUUUGGGUGUGGCCUACAAGGCCCCAGCACCCACCCUUUGGAGGACAUGAAGCGUUCCCUCAGGGUGGGCGUCUGAUGCCACCCGACCGCCUGGCGUAACCCAGGAUAGCAGUGCUGCUCCACGGAGCUUCUGCCACAAUUUGUAACUACACACUUGCACCAUCGUUCCCUAAUGGCUGCUUUGCUUACU